AUGGCUGAAAGUGUUGUGUUAAAUAUUUUAACCAAGAUUUUCUUUGUUUUAGCUCUUCAAAUAAAAAAAAUACCCAUGCAUAGAAGAAUACUUGGUACCUUGCAUAUACAGCUAAGUGAAAACUGGACCUGGGUCCAGCCCCCUUAUCCGUGGAUCGGAAGUAAAGGGCUCAACAAUUUGGCACUUCAUCUAUGGUCAACACAUUCAACUGCUCUCUCAAUGUGCGACUUCUUUCUCUGGGGCUUUAUAAAAGAUAAAGUUUAUGAGCCCCAAGAUUUGUGA